AUGUGUGAUGUGGAUGUGUCCCCAGAGCCCACCAGUCCCACCCUGUACGGAGAGUCUUCAGACAAGUACUACAAUGUGGACCGCUGGCAGAAGCUCCGCACCGCUGUCCGCAAACUGGAGUUCUGGGAAAACUUUACUGCCGAGCUAAUCGGAAGUGGCUUUUUCUCCAAAGUCUACAAGGUGAUGCACAGCACCAGUCGGAAGGUGAUGGUGGUCAAGAUCUACAAAAAUGACGUGGACCAGGACAGCAUCGUACGAGAGAUCAGCCUUUUGCAGAAACUCUCCCACCCCAACAUUGUCAGAUAUCUGGGAAUCUGUGUCAAAGAUGACAAACUGUAUCCUAUCUUAGAGUACGUCAACGGUGGCUGUCUGGAGGAGCUUCUGGCCAGGAAAGAUGUGCCCCUGUGCUGGAGAGAGAAGGUGGACCUUGCCUGUGACAUAAGCAGAGGAAUGAUCUACCUUCACUACAAGAACAUUUACCACAGAGACCUCAACUCAAAGAACUGUCUGAUCCGGGUGUCAUCUCGGGGACGGGAGGCCCUGGUGACGGACUUUGGCCUCGCCAGGGAGGUGGUGGAUCUGCCAGUUAAAGAUCCCGGCAGGAAGCUCUCAUUGGUGGGCUCAGCCUUCUGGAUGGCCCCUGAGAUGCUCCGAGGGGAGCCAUACGACCGCAAGGUGGAUGUUUUCUCCUUCGGCAUCAUGCUCUGUGAGAUCCUGGCCAGGAUUUCUGCUGACCCAGAGAUUCUACCCAGGACACAGGACUAUGGGCUGAAUGUGAACACAUUUAAGGAGAUAGUGAGCGACUGUCCUCAGCGUCUCCUGGACCUGGCAGCCAGCUGCUGUAUGUUGGAGUCCUUCAGACGACCAGCCUUCACAGAGCUGCUGGAUGAGCUGGGUGAAGUUGCUGAGACCCUCGAGCCACCGCCCAAAUCUGACCUGAGCACGAGCUGA